UGGUUUGAUCCUCUAUCGUGGCCUGCAGGUGGUGCCAGCAGGUUGGGUCCCCACCGGAGAAAGCGGACCGCCUUCAGCAAAGGGCAACUGCUGGAGGUGGAGAGGGUGUUUGCAGCAUGGCCCUACCCUGACAUCAGCACCUGUGAGCACCUGGCCUGGGUCACUCAUCUUCCUGAGGCCAAGAUACAGGUGUGGUUCCAGAACUGCUGGGCCAAAAGAAUCAAGAACAGGAAGUCAGGAAGUCUAAGCCCCAGGCCUGAGUCCCCCCAGAGCUCCUGUUCUCUUCCAGACACCUUCCAGCUGCCCUGGGAUCCCCAAAUGCGGCCUUCACCCUCCAGUGGCACACUUCAGCACACCUCAAUGUGUCAACACACCUCCUGUCCAGCUCCUAGCUUGGGUCCAUGGCAGGCCUGGGAAGGGGCUAAAGCUGUAGCCCCAUGGGAACUGGCUGGGGCUUCAGGGGUCCACCCUUCUUUAGAGCAAGCUACUCCCCAGAUGUCACUACGCAGCCUGUCUGACCUCAUCUAUGCCUCGGCCAUUGUCACCAAUGUGGACCACUCCUGGUCUUGGUCUAGAGCUUCCAAGACCCCUCCUCAGACUCCUGUAGCCCACUCUGCCCCUCCCGGGAUUGAACACAUUGGAAGUGGAUCCCCUGCCUCCACCUUUUACGCAAAGGAGUUCCCUAUGGGAAGGGAGUUUAACUCAGGCAUCCUCCCUUACACAGGCCUCCAGGCCAGCCUAGAUGCAGGUCCUAUGCAGACUGGGGUCUGACUCCCAUCACCCCACACCCUGGCCCCUCUGGGGCAUAUGCCCAUCGUUGUGGCAGGAUGAGGUGAGGGCCGUUUUCCUCCACUUGUCAGGCCUGGUCCCCAGUUCUUCUCACUGUCUGAAGGGGCAGCCUCCUGUCUCCUGAGGUCUCUCCAGGCCAUUACCUUGCUAACUGCUAAGUGAGCUAGGAGAGGAGAGUGCUGCUCCUAAUCUAGACUGCUGGAAAGCCACCUUCUUAUGGGUCAGGGCCCCCUCUCCUGACCGCCGACCACCUGGACAAAUUAACCAGAACUAUGAAUCUGAAGAGGGAGUGACAUUAAAGUAAUAAAGCAAAGAUAGGAGGCUGGGGCUUAUGUUGAUUGAAUUUUCACAAAGAUCAGAUUGGUUGCCCUCUGCCGUGGGGCUGGGAGACAACCUGACAGAUCUGGGAUGCUGGCGGGUGUAGCAGCAUUGGGUUUUGGUAUCACCAUCAUCUGUAACACCAACUAAUCUCCAAAUAAAACCCAAACUCUGUAACUUAAUCUGGAUUGUUGUGCUCUGCAAAUGAAUGGGGACAAGGGCCAUUUGCCAUGGAAAUUUAUCUGAGGGCCAUGGAAAUUUAUCUCCAUCACCUAAUCCCUAAAUAGGGCCAGGUUCCACACAGAUGCUUGGUGGGAGGUAUUACCUAAGCUUCUGCUGGGAUUAGAGGGAUAGUUAAUUGAAGGUCUUAGGGCUCUGACUGACAGACCCUGGGGAGAUGGGAGCCUCUGCUGGCACCCCCUGCUCCUGGUCCCACUGAGUCUAGAACACUCCAGUUAUGUCCACCUCUGGAGCUGCUCUGCUUCGGAGAGAAAACCAUAGUGUUUGCGGUCUGCACUGGAUUCAAAUCCUGACUCUGCUAUGUAACCGUGGCAACUCUGGAACUCUAUGUGACUAAAAAAAAGGGAUAUUUGUUUGCUCUCUGUUUGAGGUA